AUGUAUAAAAGACCAAUUGGCUUCGAUGUAUGGUGGGUUGACAAAGAUGGAAAUAUACAAGCUUUAACAAAAAAUAUAGAUCUAUACGUUUAUUUAUGUAAAGAAGAAAGAUAUCCCAAAGAAUUAAAUAAUAUCAAAAUUAUUCCACAUGCACCAAAGCAUUUACCACCUCAAAGAUCAAUAAUAAUGAAAUGGAUAAGAAACUCAAUAUCUUUUAAUGAAUUAAAAUGCGAAUUGGGUGAAAGAUACAAAUCAAUUUAUUCAAUGAAAGAAAUAAUCGGAACAGCAAAUGAACGUAAUCGUCAUAUUCGUAUCGAUAUAUCCGAUGAGAAAGAAUAUAAAGAAAUUUUGAAUAGUGGUAAAAUUACAAUUUAUGGACAAUUAUAUGAUAUCGAUGAAUAUCUGCCUGCUCCGAAAUUACUGAUAUGCACAAAAUGCAAUUUACCCGUUACUGAACUUCGUAAACGUACCGAUCUUCUACCAGCGAAUACUCAAAUCUACAUACCAUUCGAGUGCCGACCAUCUGGUGAAAAUAACAAAGUUAUUGAAAAUAAAACAACAUUUAUGCAGCAUCAACAGUAUCAGCAGAAUCCACAUCAAUUUAACAUUAUGAAAGAGGAUUAUAAUACAUGGCCAAUAUUGCAACACAACGUAUCAAAUCAAUCGGCAUCAACGUCAACAAAUAAUACAAAUAUAUAUGAUACAAUUCAAACAUUAAAGGAUGAAUUAGAAAAAAUUAAAACAAAUUAUGCUGAAGAACAAAGAAGAAAUCAACAAAAAUAUAGUGAAAUUUUAAUUUUAAUUAAUCAAAGUUACACUAUCAUGAAACAGCAGAUUGAUACACAAGUACAAAUGAUAACAGCAAUGAACAAUAUAAUCGGUACAACAAUGUUUACAACAUGCUCAAAAGUAGAAAAAAUAAUAAAAACAACACAAAACCAAUUAGCACUAAUAAAUAAUGAAAAAGAGACCUAUUUAUCACAUCAAGCAUUACUCCAACAGCUAGUCGAUAAACAAAAAGUAACAUUAGACUAUGUUAUGAAUGCAUUAACUCAACAUCAACCUCAAAAUGAAUACUAA